UUCUCGCGCCGUCUCUCCCGCACCCAUCUGGAGCAGUUCGACACGAGGAGGACGCCCGCGCCACUGCCCCGAGCCCCGUCGCUGAGAAUUGUUGAAGAAUUGGCAUGUACCAUGUAGGCUUUUUUAAUGCAAAACUGAGACUUAAGUGGACCAUCCUGUUUUAAAUUCCUAGAUCGGCCACUGCCCAGCUACUAGGCCCUAGGGCCGAUCCCCUCUGCGGCCGGGCUCACGGAGAAGGGCGCCGCCCCACCAUGAUCGCUGCAUUGGCGCGGCAGGUCGCUGCGGCCACUGCUUCCUCCUCCCCGCUCGGCCGUGUCUCCCAGCUGGCCUCUGCACUGAAUCACCAGAGAUGGAUCCACGACCGGAACAAGAAGGCUAUGGAGCUGGUGGCCAAGGGCUGGAGCGCCCUACAGGAGGUCGAUCGCGUCAUCGACUUCGCCGACCGCAACGACAAGCGAUUAAUCCCACUUCUCAGGGGCGCGAAGGAGAACUUUGAGCUGGCUCUAGAGAUCGACAAUAUGAAUACUCAUGCCCGAUGUUGGCUGGCCAAGAUGCAUUUCAAGUACCAUGUUCCCGGAGCUUGCAAAGCAAUUGGUGCUGCCUUGCUAGUUGAAGCUGCAAACAUGGGUGAUCCAGAGGCACAGUAUGAACUUGGAUGUCGGCUAAGAGUCGAGAAUGAUCAUGUUCAGUCUGAUCAACAGGCCUUCCAUUAUAUAGAGAAAGCUGUUGACCAGUUGCAUCCUGCUGCUUUGUAUCUUCUUGGUGCUGUGUAUAUAACUGGGGAUUGCGUCAAGAGGGACAUAGCUUCAGCUAUGUGGUGUUUCCAUAGAGCUUCAGAAAAGGGACAUGCUGGAGCUGCAGUUGCAUAUGGUUCACUUCUUCUGAAAGGUGCUGAAGUGCCUGAAGUCAUUACCAGGUUCAACUCAGGCAAGAGUCCGUCAACUGGGAAGGUGCGAAAAAGGACCAUACAGCAGGACCCAGUAAAGCUUGCAAAAGAACAGUUCCAGAUAGCAGCUGAGUCUGGAUCUGACCUCGGUUUACGGUGGUUGAAGAGGCUUGGAGAUUACGAAAAAGAGCCCCAAGAGCUAAAGCAAAUUCAGCAAUGACCUCCAGCCAAAGAAUACCACUGCAUUGGGCAAUUAAUUGAUGUUGCAAUGCUCUUGCUGCACAUUACCAGAGCUUCAUGUUUCAUCUGCCUUCAGAAUGUGGAGAGAAACCUUUGUUCUAUUGUAGGAGCGUUCAUGCCAAACUAACUUGUGGUCAACUUGGUUUGUAGAUUAGCGGGUUCAUGCCAAACUAACUUGUGGUCAACUUGGUUUGUAGAUUAGCAGGUUGAAUCGUACAAACAAAUUGAUCCCUUUUUUGCCACUAAGGAUUUUAUCAUACUACGACAAUUA